AAUUCUAGCCAAAAGCGCACAGUUAUUUUUUGAGUGGUGAAGUGUUGUGUUGUGGUGGCUAAAAUCGAUAGCAACUACCACAGAGAUUAUAUUCAACGAUCUCAUCCGAGCCAGUUAACACCCUUGCAUUACAGCAGAAAUUAUUUAUAAGAAAAAUUGGAAUAGAACCCAACAAGCUGACUGAACACAGAUUUUUCUAGUCUACUGUCCCACAAAACUACUUUACACAAUGGUACGGCAUAGAAGUCUAAUCGCCCUGGCAUGUUGUGUCCUGGUAUGCAGUAUGAACUUACUGCUUAUUCAGGCCCAGACAACACAGAAAGCCGUACCUCUAGCCAAUUCAACAGCAGCUCCUACAGCAGCAUCAUCGUCGGCAUCAUCUACGACGGCAACAACAACUCCAAAGCCAAAGAUAAAAAUUGCCGACAGUGAUUUAUGCAAGAAAAAAUGCUCAUGUGACCUGAAAUACUUUCAAAUCGAUUGCAGCAGUAAAUCUCUAAAAACCUUAUUCUCUAAGGAAGAUUGGGACACACUAGUCAAUGGUGAUGUCAUAUUUUCAACCAUCAAAUUUAACAACAACAGCAUUACCCACAUUCCCAUCUUACCCUCAUAUCCUGUUGAAAACUUGUACUUGAGUUUUAACCAAAUCAACAAUAUCAGCCUGGGGGCCUUCCAAAAUCUCAACAAAUUGGCUAAGCUGGACUUAUCGCAUAAUAACAUAACCACAAAGGUGCUGGACCCCGAUGUAUUCAAGGGAAAAUACGCCGCCGAUAAGUAUGAGCCCAUAACAACAUUAAUUGAGCUCGAUUUGGCCUACAAUGAUUUGCAUGCAUUGCAAAAUGAUCUCUUCGAACAUUUGCCAAACUUGGAAAUUUUGAUUUUAUGCAAAAAUACAUUCCAGGUGAUCGAUACCUCUACUUUGGUGGCAAUAGCCAGUUUAUCGUCUCUAAAGACAUUGGAUAUGUCCUAUAUGGAAAUCAGCGUUUUACCGGAAACUAUUUUCCAUAGCCCAAAUGAAUUGGAGACCUUAAUACUGUCCGGCAACUUAUUCCAUGAAGUUCCCAAGGCAUUUAAAUGGACCAAAAAUCUGAAGAAAUUAGUUUUGGAUGAAAAUCCUUUGGGUGAUUUCGUAAAGGGCAACUUCUCUGAUUCGCUGAAUACACUGCAGUAUUUGAGUAUUUCAUUUUUGACCGACACAACUCGUAUUGGUCCUGGAGCCUUAAAUGUUUUACAAAAUUUGACUACUCUGAUCGCCUCAGAUAACCCGCGCCUAUCGUCCAUACAUGAAUUGGCUUUUACCAAAAACACCACAAAUCCAGAUAUCUUUGCUUAUCCACCUCUUACUAAGUUAUAUUUAAAUAAUAAUAAUCUUCGAAAAUUGGAACGCGAAUGGAUACAACGCUGGGAUCUAGUUAAAACUAUCGACUUGCGUUACAAUCCUUGGGCCUGUGACUGUAGCAACAGCUAUCUCAUUCAUACUCUAAUGAAAGAAAUCAACACCACAACCCCUCAAUUGACCAAGAACGUGGUAUGCUCCACUCCCGAGGCAUGGAAGAACCGACCACUCCUCCAAUUGACGGCCGACAACAAGGAGCUGAUUUGCGAAAAUGCCAACCAGCCGGCCAAGGAUGGAAUAGUUUUGAUAAGCAUUUUGGUUGGCAUCCUAAUCGGCAUUCCCCUGACAUUGGGCGCCUUGGUGAUUUAUCGCCGUGGCUGCUUUGGCCUAUUGAACCGCAUUAAUCCAAGUUCUCCACGAUAUAAUCGUGCUAGUUUUGCUGAUGAUUACCAUAUAUAAAUUAAGUCUGUAGCAUUCCUAUCAAACUUGUAUGUGUAGUUGUUAUUUAUACUUAUUUCCAAUGCCCUUGUUAAAUGUGUAUUUACGCUAUCUUUCGUUCCUG